AUCACCGACCUACCUUCCAAUCUGUGCCCUUAAAUUGCUUGUGUCUGAAAAGGAAAGAAACUAAAAACCAGACAUAACUCAAUCAGCUCCAAAAACUUCUAUAAACUAUAAUACACAUAUACAUAUGUGUAUGUAUAUUAGAGAGAGAAAGUAAAGAGUUGAAGACAGAGAGAGUGAGAGAUGGAGCAUGAGGAGCAAGAGCACGAGGUGUACGGAGCAGAUAUACCCGAUGAAGGAGAGAUGGACGCCGAUGUCGACAUGUCUAGGGUUGAAGAGGAGAGCCCUAACUCCAAAGAUUUGGAGGACAUGAAGAAGAGACUUAAGGAGAUUGAGGAUGAAGCAGGUGCCCUUCGCGAAAUGCAGGCUAAAGUCGAGAAGGAGAUGGGAGCUGUUGAAGAAGAUUCCUCCAGUGGGUCUGCUACUCAAGCAGAGAAGGAGGAGGUGGACUCAAGAUCAAUUUACGUUGGUAAUGUAGACUAUGCGUGCACUCCCGAGGAAGUCCAGCAGCACUUCCAAUCAUGUGGAACGGUCAACCGGGUAACAAUUUUGACAGAUAAGUUUGGUCAGCCAAAAGGAUUUGCUUAUGUGGAGUUUGUCGAAAUUGAUGCCGUUCAGAAUGCUCUUCUGUUAAAUGAGUCAGAGCUGCAUGGUCGUCAGUUGAAGGUAUCUGCCAAGCGAACUAAUGUUCCUGGAAUGAAACAAUAUCGAGGCAGGCGUCCUAACCCUAUUUUCGGUUUUCGAUCUAGAAGGCCCUUCAUGCCUGGCCCACCUCUCUAUCCUCCAUAUAGUUAUGGAAGGGUUCCAAGGUUCAGACGGCCAAUGCGGUACAGACCAUACUGAUGAUGAGCAAAUGGCUAUAGUGCUGUACUACAGAUCAAUGAUCAUGUUAUGCCGGUGGCCCCAAUGGUGAAGCAGCAGUUGCCAUGUUGGUUGUAACGGUCGUAUCUAUCUUUCUGUAAUAUGGAUAGAGUUUCAUUUUACUUGGUAGUUGUACUAUCAUUUGCAUGCCAGUAAGGCUAACUUAAUUUUCAAUUCCCCAUUUAUUACCCACAAAGGAGAAUUUUUUCUUUAGUUGCUUGCAUUUACCUGCUUUGGGGGAAAAAAGGGAGACUGUAGUCAAAAUUAUUCUAAGAAAUUGUUAAUUUGGAUUUUUUCUUAUUUAAUAAAUUUGCAGACAUUGGUGA